AUGAAACGUUUCUGUUUUAUUCUGGGAUAUUUACUUUUGACGGAGUGUUCAGAAAAUCUUCAAAAAGACCGAGAAUAUGAUCACUUAAAGUCAUUGCUGUCAGACUUUGAUGUGCUGAACCUCUCCAAUCUGCAGCAUCACUCAGUAAAGAAGAGAGAUGUGGAGAAUCACAUGCAUGCAGAGAGACUCCUCACUUUCACAGCCUUACACAAACACUUUAGGAUCUACCUGUCCACCAACACUGAGCUGUUCACCAAUGACUUUAAUGCUGUGGUGGUGGAUAAGGAUGGUACACACAAGACCUAUGACGUCCAGAGGCAGAAUUUCUUCACCGGCCAUGUCAUUGGGGAGGAGAACUCACGAGUACAAGCACACAUUGAUGAUAACGACUUUACUGCCCACAUUUUGACUGAUGAAGCAGAGUACAACAUAGAGCCUCUGUGGAGGUUCACUGAAGGCCCUUCAGAUGACCGCUUGCUGGUGUAUCGCUCAGAGGAUAUCCGGAACGUGACUCGCCUUGCUGCUUCUAAAGUGUGUGGUUACGUCACAGCUGAGGCCAGUCAGCUCCUGCCUGAGAAUAUACGUACAGUCGUGACAUCAGAGGAAGAAAAACAGGAGAAUGAUGAGCACUUGAGAACAAAGAGGCUGGCAGUGGAUCACAGUGAGAACACAUGCCCUUUGCUCUUGGUGGCAGACUAUCGCUUCUUCAGAGACAUGGGUCGCAUGGAGGAGAGCACUACCAUCAACUACUUGAUUGAGCUGAUUGACCGGGUAGACGACAUCUACAGAAACACGUCUUGGGAUGACGAGUUUAAGGGCUAUGGUGUUCAGAUCCAGCAGAUUCUGAUUCUGAAAGCCCCUACUAAAGUGGAAGGCAAACAGACACACUUCAACAUGGAGGGCAGUCCAGUGAAGGACAAAGACAUUUGGGAUGUAAAAAGGCUGUUGGAACAAUUCAGUGUUGACAUCGCAGAAAAUGCUUCCAAAGUUUGUCUGGCUCACCUAUUUACGUAUCAGGACUUUGAGGAGGGAACACUAGGCCUUGCUUAUGUCGCCCCAGCCAACGAUGGUGCUCCAGGAGGCCUUUGUUCCAAGGGGUCCCCUCAGACAGGAAAUGACCAGCGUACCAUAUACCUGAACACAGGGUUAACCAGCACCAAGAAUUAUGGGAAGACUAUUUUGACUAAGGAAGCUGAUUUAGUGACCACUCAUGAGCUCGGGCACAACUUUGGGGCCAUUCAUGACCGAGAUGACAUACCAGACUGUGCUCCCAGCGAGGACAAUGGGGGCAAAUAUGUCAUGUACCCCAUCGCUGUGAGUGGAGACCACUCCAAUAAUAAGUUGUUUUCCAACUGCAGUAAGAAGUCGAUAGUGAUGAGGCUGAGGCACAAGCGCCCGUCCUGCUUCAGGCAGAGGAACAGUAAUGUGUGUGGAAACUCGAGGGUGGAGGAGGGAGAGGAGUGCGAUCCUGGCCUGGUGCACCUUCACACUGAUCCAUGCUGUACCUCUGACUGCAAGCUGCGUCCUAACAAACAGUGCAGUGAUAGGAAUAGUGCUUGUUGCAAAAACUGCAUGUUUGAGAAGGCUGGUAAGCAGUGCCAGGAGCCCAUCACUGCCACCUGUAAGGACAUGUCUUACUGCACAGGUAACAGCAGUGAGUGCCCACCUCCAGGUAACCUCCCCGAUAACACCAGCUGUGUGGACAGUGGACAGUGUCUGAACGGAGAGUGUAUACCCUUCUGUGAGGUGAUCGUCAAUCUGCAGUCAUGUGCUUGCAAUGACACAAACAGCUCAUGUAUGGUUUGCUGCCGCAGUAAGAACAAUGUUUGCUCCCCAUACCAGGACAAUGAAGGGAACUUUUUAUACCUGAGAAAAGGCAAACCGUGCACUGUUGGCUUCUGUGAUGGAGGGGGUAAAUGUAUGAAGCAGGUGCAGGAUGUUAUUGAGAGGUUGUGGGAUUUUAUUGACAAGCUGAACAUCAACACAUUCAGAAAGUUUUUGGCUGAUAAUAUUGUGGGCUCAGUGGUGGUUUUCUCCCUGUUCUUCUGGAUUCCUCUCAGUAUUCUAGUCCACUGUAUGGAUACGAAGUUGGACCAGCAGUAUGAACUGAACACCAGAUCACUAUUUUCUCCCAGUAAUGCAGAAAUGCUGAGCAGUCUGGAUUUGGCCUCAAUGCGUAUCUUCAAGCCUGCCUCCGCCUCAGCGUUCUCUGCUGUCUCACGCUUCCCAACAAGCACCCCUUCUGUUGCGCUGGCUAUGGGCAACCUGGCAUCUCCUGCCCCUCUCCCACAGCCUUGCAAUGAACUGCCACGUAUGGACACCAUCCAGGAGGACUCCAGCUAUGAUUCCCACCUGGACGAGCAGGUGCUGGAAGAGGAUUUCACCACCCGUACAAAUGCUGCCCGGUCCUUUGAUGAUCUCACUGAUAACCAUGAGAACGAUCUGGAGAGAUCGUUUAAGAGGAUAGCACAUGUGCAGAGCAUACGCAAGGAGACCGAGUGCUGAAUUUGGGUGUUUUAUUAACCAAGAACAG